ACUCAUCAAUAAUAUGUAACAUUACAAGCUGUUCUGAAGUGAUGCUGAAUUAAGUACUUCGCAAGAUGUGAAAAUAUCGAACUCGCGAAUGGGCACGUCUACAGAUACUUUCUAUUGGAAUUUCACGAGUAAGCUUUUAGGCGUUACCAUUUUGUAAUUUCAAUACAAUCGAUCGCGAUAGCAUCAGAAGGUAGCAGCAACGGAAUGUCAGCAGAACUCUCAGACAGCAAAGUCGACGCGGAUCGCUCGAAAACUUGGUCCGACGAGGAGGUAUUACAAUUAAUAAAAUACUACGAAGAGUUUGCGCAUUUAUGGGAUUCCAAGCAUCCGUAUUACAGGAACAAAGAUCAAAAAGCGAAAGCGUUAGAAGAAUUAAGUAGACGUUUCGAUUGUUCAUCCCAAGAAAUACAAAGAAAACUUCACAAUUUGCGAAAUCAGGUUGUUUAUCAUUUUGUGAAUUUGUUACUGAAUCUCUAAUUGUCACAUAAAUUCCUAAGAAUUGCUAUUACACUUUCUUGUUUUUCUUUCUUUUUUUUAUAACAUUAAAUGGUAAAAAAGGUAAACCAAGAGAUAAAUAAGAUCAAGAUCAGAAGAAGUAAAGGAGGAAGCGAAGAAAAUUGUACAAGUAGCUGGAAGUAUUUUUCUGCAUUACAAUUUCUUUUGCCUUCCAUUCAAAGUAAGACUCCUCAGCCAAUUCUGGGACAAAAUCUGUGUGAAACUCAGCUGGUGAUUGUUGAUAAUAUUCCAGAGGAUGAUAAGUUUCAAAUCAUUAGUAAUGAUAGCAGGGUGAUUGAGCAGAAAUUCAACUUGAGAAGAACGAAUGUGUCAGAUGAUGAGGAGAGUUUACCAGAAGAGAAAGUUGUUGUGAAAAGGAGAAAAGAUGAUUUUGAAUUAUUUGGGGAAUAUGUGGCAUUGGAAUUAAGAAGUUUAAGAUCAGAUUAUUAUCGAAGGAAACUAAAAAGUGAAAUCAGAAGAGCUAUUGUUCGUAUUGCAGAUGAAGAGGAUUCUAUGUAUUGAAUUGGAAUACUGAAUUUUCUCACAUAGGCAUGCUUUGAGGCAGCCUUUUAUGAUGAAUUCUUUUGUAUUUGUCUUUUAAAUAACUUCAUUGAAUUGCUUGUAUUCAUUUUUACUAGAUAUUUAUUUCUGAAUUCCCUUACUUUUAAGCUAAUUCUCACAUUUUCUGCUGUGUGAAUGAUUGGAGUAAAAUGAAUUUAUAGAUUGAUGUAAUUCAAAAUGUUCUUGUUAAUAAAAAUAUUUUUGUAUCCUUCA